CACAUAAUGUGAUCCUUAGAUAGAAGUCGGUCGCUCGCACAUCAUCUCAGAGUGGAAACGACACGAGACAGUGAGAGUACAGAUAGGGAAUAUUUUUGGGUCAUCAAUGGGAGAAGCUUGUUAAUAUUCACGACACCAACUAAGAAUGAAUUUAAUGUAAAAAUCUGUGCAUUUAUUUGUCACAGCUCGUUUCAAACGAACAUUUCAAGUCGCCAGGUGCUCUUGAAUCGGCUUGAUACAUGUUGAGAUGUCUGACUCCUUUGCCGAGCCCACGCUAACGUCGACACCGUUCCCAAAGAAGAGAGCCAGAAAGAGGAAGCAUGAUGUGACUGGGCCAAGUGAGAGCCUCUCCGUGUCAGAUGUGGUGGGGCCACGACUAGCGUCACCCCGGCCCAUGUUCAUGGUCAAGGCCAAGUGGUCUACAUCCGAGAAGAAACAGCUGAUCUCAGCACUGAGAGCAUGCCACUCGGAAGAAGAGCUGGAGAAGGUCUACAACAUGGUGCCGAGUCGAACUCGUAAGGAGGUAGCAGCCGAGGUGCUACGGCUGCGUCACUCAGUGGUCCAACAAGGGCCUGGCUUGCAGACACCUAUUGAAACAUGGCUGGACUUUGCUAUUGAGAUGGUGCACUAUGAGGAAGAGGACCUCUCUCGGAGCAUGGCGCGGGCCAUGUCUAUAGUAUCCAAUUACGAGGGCUUCCCACCACCCGAAGAUGCAAUGUCCCCCAACUAUAAACAACUCUACAAGUACCUCACAGCAGUUCUCAAUGGAGAUGAGCCCCCCAAGUUGUCUCCCUUAGAUUCUGCCGUGAUGCUGGACCUGAUGCACAGCCUGACGGACGUGCUGAGUACGACGGACACGAGGCUGCAGAGACAGGUGAUGAAGUGGAAGUUCUCAAUGUUGAACUGCAAAGUGGACAUCAAUAACUUGCAGGACUCCGCAGCCAGAACCCGUAGAGCCCUCUCUAAUGUAUUCCCCGAUGACUUUAACAUCUCUUCUCAGAAGAACGAGUCAGCUUCCACUGUGCCAGGCCCUGUACAACAGAAUCUUGCAACAACCGCGAUUGGACAAAGGGAGGCAACUCCUGGUCCUAGUGACACAAUCAGUGAGCCAAAGAGACAAAGGGAGGCAACUCAUGGUCCUAGUGACACAAUCAGUGAGCCUCCAAAGAGACAAAGGGAGGCAACUCCUGGUCCUAGUGACACAAUCAGUGAGCCAAAGAGACAAAGGGAGGCAACUCCUGGUCCUAGUGACACAAUCAGUGAGCCAAAGAGACAAAGGGAGGCAACUCCUGGUCCUAGUGAGGCUGUCAGCGAGCCUCCAAAGAAAGGCCCGGGGAGAGUAAGGAAGGGAGAGCCUCCGCUGGAGAAACCACAACUUUAUUCUCUCAAUCCAUUCUGUGUGCCGGUGGAGGUGCUCAAACUACGGUCAAAGAAAAGGUUACAGAAAUCGAGCCAUGUGCCUUUGUGAAUGCGUUUUUAUGUGUAAAUAAAUCAGUUUUUCCAAUUUUA